UGCACAUCUUCCCUGAUCAGCUGUGAGGUCGCGACACCAAACAAACUCUCCUUUCUUCGACUGACAUGGACGGCCAACAGCCAAUGAAGGUCUUUAAUGAUCCCAUCCAUGGGCACAUGGAGAUACACCCACUCCUUGUCAAAUUCAUUGACACUCCCCAGUUUCAAAGACUACGAAACAUCAAGCAGCUGGGUGCAGCCUACUAUGUCUACCCUGGAGCAUCCCACAACCGUUUUGAACACUCCAUUGGAGUGGCAUACCUAGCAGGACAGUUUCUUCAAGCUCUGAGAGACCGGCAGCCAAACCUUGGCAUCACUGAUGAAGACAUCCUUUGUGUGCAGAUCGCUGGUCUCUGCCAUGACCUUGGACAUGGGCCUUUUUCUCAUUUGUUCGAUGGAAAAUUCAUUCCUGAAGUAAAGAAGCAAGAAAAGCAUUCAUCAAACGAUAUAGACGAAAAAUGGAGGCAUGAGGACGCUUCUAUAAUGAUGUUUGAUCACAUGGUGGAAGUUAAUGAGUUGAAGAAGGAGAUGGAGGAGUACAAGCUGCUUCUGGAUAAGGACCUUGAAUUCAUCAAGCAGCUGAUAGUUGGAUGCCCAGAUGGUGAAAAUGGAAGAGGCGAGGACAAGUAUUUCCUCUAUGAAAUCGUGGCCAACAAAACCAGUGGCAUUGAUGUCGAUAAGUGGGACUACUUAGCCAGGGACUGCCAUCAUCUGGGCAUUCCCAUGACCUUUGACUAUCGCCGCCUCCUUAUGUUCACCAGGGUGUGUGAGGUGGAUGGACUGAGACACAUCUGCAUCAGAGACAAGGAAGCAGAAAAUCUGUAUGACAUGUUCUACAGAAGGUUCUCUCUCCACCAAAGAGCCUACCAGCACAGGGUGAGCAACAUCAUAGAAUACAUGAUCACAGAGGCCCUUUUAGAGGCAAAUGAACACAUCAAGAUUGAUGGACUCAAACUUUCUGAAACCAUCCAUGACAUGAGCUCCUACACCAAGCUGACAGACAGCGUGUUUGAUCAAAUACUCAACUCCUCUGACGACAAUCUAAAGGGGGCAAAAGAGAUCCUCAACAAGAUUGUCCGUCGACAGAUCUACAAAUGUUUGGGAAAGAUUCCUAGCAAGGAAAAGACGAGGGAAAUCAAAAACAAGUGGGAAGAAGACAAAAAAACUCAGACACACCUCCAGGAUUUCAUACUCGAUGUUGUUACUCUGGAUUAUGGGAUGAAGGAUAAGGAUCCCAUUGAUAAAGUGUAUUUCUACAGCAAGAGGAACCUUGACGAACCAUACAGGAUAAGCAAGGAACAGGUGUCCAAGCUCCUCCCAGCGGAUUUUAAUGAGACGUUCCUCAGGGUCUACUGGAAGGGUGAGCCUAAUGAUGAGAGCCUGGAGAGCGCCAAGGAGAUAUUUAAUCAGUGGUGCGCCAGAAAUUUCCCAUUACUUCAGCCAGAGGAUUGAGGUGAAGAUGAAGCUGAGCCUGCCGAACAACAGCAGGUUGAACAACAGUGAAGGAAAAGGGGACAGCUCCAGAGCAGAAAGUUCAGAAGCUGGAAAAAGGAAGGCCAAACUUUGAAUCAAAACAACAUGAGUAUAAAAAUAAGUCAAUCUUGAGCAGUCUGAGAAGUCUGAAAAUGAAAACAAUGAUCUUUCCUGCACACAUCACUGUAAUUAUAUUAUAUUUUCACAUAUAUACACUUUUUCUGCACUUCCAGGCUUAAUUGAGUACUCGCAACUUUUAACAGUCCAUAGAUUUUUAAAGGAUAGUUGCAGCUAUUUUCUACCUGCACUCCAUUUUCUUUUUUUUCUUUUUCUUUUUCUUUUUCUACAGUAAUCUCAAAUAGCUGAAUACAAAAAGUGAUUAAAACAUCCACUGUAACACUCACACUGUUUUUAAUUACAAGUAGACCACAGUAGCAAGAAUCAAGAUAAAUCUGCUGUGGUUCGUUUAUGGAUUUAUAACACAUUGAUAAAGUCAAAUGAUUUUCCAAGUAGACGCAUUCCAGUGUUGAAAAAAAGAAAAUGUAAAGAGCACUUUCAAACUGAAGUAACAACAUCACACUUCAUACGUGAAUGCAGCAGAAGACCAGCAUCAUGCAAGGAAACUGGAAAAGUAACAAAUGGACUGUCAUGACAAAAAUGUAAUAAUUGUUCAGUCACAGCUAUUUAAAGAUAUAAGCACAGUGUGAGUGCCGUAGUAGUGAAAGUUUUAAACAUUAUGGAUUCAACUGUUGAGAUUAUGUGUUGGCCCAUGUCAUUUUAACGCUAUUAUCAUGUAAUCAUAUCAUUAAGGGUAAAAGGCAAUAUACUCUCACAGCAUAUACUCAACUUUAACACAAAACAUAAAACAAUGAAUAAACAAAUAAGUAUAAUAUAUAGCCUACUACUAAUAAUAGUACUAGUAAUAGGCCUACUUGUAAUAAUAUACAUGUCUUCUUUUUACUCCUUUAACCUUAGCAUGAAAUAUAAUAUAAAUAUAAUAUAUUUUAACCUCUGCGUGAAUGAAAUGUUUGUCUUGUAAACCAUUAGUUAUUUAUACAGAAUGAAUUAGCUGUAUUAUUUAAUAUUUGUCUUUGUUCACUAUUAACCUUUAACUUUGUUUUUAGCUUGAGUUAAACCACAUUAAUUUAACCUCAUACACAUGUAUUUGCAUAUAUAGAAACGUUUUUUAACUGAUCCGUUUACGUUAAGUCAUUUAUACAGACACAAUGGCAACAGUAGCAAUGUUAGCCGCGUUACUAUAGCAACGCAAAUUAGCCGCUAGCAAACAUUAGCGGUAGCAUAAGCUUAACUUUCACUAUAAAAUAUAAGAGGAAAAAAAAAACCGGAAAUAACACAAACCUCAUUGGCUGCAUUACAAAACACAAAGGGGUAAGGCUUCUUCCUGAGUGUUCCUUGACUCUUAUAUACACUUUGAACACGUAUAAAACUUAACCUAUAAAACAAAAUAAACGUCUGCUACCGUUAGUUGUCUCUGUAUGCAUUUUUAAAGGUCUCCCUGGAAACCUUUUCUUCUAGAAUAUUAGUCACGCCUCAUCUGUCUCAAUGUUAUUUGUGGGUUUUUUUGAAGGGUUAAGAACCAAAAAUGAAAUGGGCAUACACUAGUAGGCUAUGUUGCAGUAAAAAAUGAACUGUGAUGUGAGACAGUUACACCUUGUGUAAUGUAGAAGUGGAGUCGUAUCUUUAGAAUUGAAAUCAGAGAUUUCCACAAUUUGCCUACUUUGUCUCCCUGUCUGAUGAUGAGAUGUUUGAAAUGAUGUUCAGACAAAGGUUACCAGUAAACAGUAAAAUGGCAUUUUCAGGUCAUUUGACUGUGUAACAUUGUUUUUUUGUU